CCCCACGGCGUCGCUAUGGCCUCGCUCGGCCCCCACGGCGUCCUGGGGGCCCCCCCGCCCCGCGGGAGCCUCCCCGCGGGGCGGGGGCCGCUGCCCCCCCCGUACGCCGUGGUCCUCAUCUCCUGCUCGGGGUUGGUGGCCUUCGUCCUCCUCCUCCUCACCUGUCUGUGCUGCAAACGCGGCGACGUCGGCUUCAAGGAGUUCGAGAACCCCGAAGGGGAGGAGGAUUCGGGGGAGUUCACCCCCCCCGCCGAGGAGACCUCGUCCUCCCCGUCCCUGCCCGACGUCUACGUCCUUCCCCUCGGGGAGGUGGGGGGGCCCGGACCCCCGCCCCCCCCCGCCGACCCCCCGAAGCCGCCGUCCUUGAGCCGCCAACACCUGAGCUACAUCCAAGAGAUCGGAACCGGAUGGUUUGGGAAGGUGAUUUUGGGGGAGCUGAGGGGGGACCCCAGCCCCGCGCAGGUGGUGGUGAAGGAGCUGCGAGCGGGCGCCGGAGCCCCCGAACAGCGGCGCUUCCUCGCCGAGGCUCAGCCCUACCGCCUCCGGCACCCCCACGUGCUGCAGUGUUUGGGGCUCUGUGGGGAGCGCGGCCCAACGCUGCUCAUCAUGGAGUACUGCCAGCUGGGGGACCUGAAGCGGUACCUGCGGGCGCAGCGCGGGGGGGACACUGCGGCGCUGCCCCCCCGCGACGCCGCCACUCUGACGCGGUUGGCGCUGGAGGUCACCCAGGGGCUGCGGCACCUGCACCGCCACGGCUUCGUCCACGGUGACCUGGCGCUGCGGAACUGCCUGUUGACCUCCGAGCUGACGGUGCGCCUCGGGGACUACGGGCUGGCGCACAGCAACUACCGGGAGGACUACUACGUCACCCCCGAGCGGGCGUGGGUGCCCCUGCGCUGGGUGGCCCCCGAGCUGCUGGCCGAGAGCCGCGGGACACUGGUGGUGGCCGAGCAGAGCAAGGAGAGCAACGUCUGGGCGCUGGGGGUGACGCUGUGGGAGCUCUUCGAGUUGGGUCUCCAGCCCUACGCCGACCUCUCCGAUCAGGAGCUGCUGCGGCUGCUGCUGCGCGGGCGCCCUCUGCCCCUGCGCCGGCCCCGCCUGCGCCUGCCCCACGCCGACGCCUGGUCGGAGCUGCUGCAGUCGUGCCGCCUCCCCGCCGCGCAGCGCCCGUCCCUCGAGGAGCUCCACCGCCGCCUCAGUGUCCUCCUGGCGGCACCCCCGGGAGCCCCUGUGGCACCGCCGCCGCCGCCGCCGCCGCACCCGCCCUCGGCCUUCCCCCUCCUCGAGGCCUUCCCGUGUCCCCACGACCCCGAGGACGUCCUCACGGUCACCCAGAGCAGCCGCGGCCGUUUGGCCUUCGAGUGCCUGUGGGAGCGCGGCGCUCGCGGCGCGGCGGCGGCUCCGCGGCGGCUCCCGGUGCCGCCCGGCGUGGUGCCGGUCUUGGGCGCCCGGAGCCCCUCUGGCGGCAGCGAAUACUUCAUCCGUUUGGAAGAACACGAGGUCGGCGUCGGCGCCGCCGCGGCACCGCCGCUCAUCCCCAACCGCCGCGGCGCGGCCUCCGCCGACCCCUUCCGAGGGCUCCGAGAGGCGGCGGCGGCGCCGGGAGAUGGCGGCAGCUCGGCCGGGAGCACGGCCGGCAGUGCCGGGAGCAGCCCGCGCCACCGCCGCCGCCUCGUCUGUCCCCUGUGCCGCGGCGACGAGGACGGCGACGUCACCUGCACGUGCGCCGUGGCCACCGCCGACGCCGUCAGAGGGUGGAGGGAGAGGGGAGUCCCCCUGCGGCCGCGCCGCGACAGCGCCGGAGACGACUCCUCCCUACGCGCCGAGAGGGGAUCGCUGGGAGAGGGCACCGAGGGCGCCGACGGCGCUGGGGAGGAGCGCGACGGCAGCGACGCCAUAGAGGGCAUCAACGACGCCAUGGAGGGCAUCAACGACACCGUGGAGGGCAUCAACAAGACUAUGGUGGCCAACAACGAGGUCAUGGUGGCCAACAAGGCCAUGGUGGCCAACAACAAGGUCAUGGUGGCCAACAAUGAGGUCAUGGUGGCCAACAAGGUCAUGGUGGCCAACGACAAGGCCAUGGACAGCAUCAACGUGACUAUGGUGGCCACCAACGAGGCUAUAGUGGCCACCAAUGAGGCCAUGGUGGCCAACGAGGCCAUGGUGGGCACCAACAGGACUGUGGUGGCCACCAACGAGGCCAUGGUGGCCACCAACGAGGCCAUGAUGGCCAACAAGGCCGUGGUGGCCAACAGUGAGGCCCCGGAGGGCAUCAACGGCACUUGGGGGGCAGAGGGGCGUCGGGCAGCGGUGGGGCGAGAGGAGGGGACGGCGUGGGGAGAAGAGAGGGCGGUGGUGGCCCCGUGGGGCCACGAGAGGCCAUCGAUGACCCGAGAGAGGGCAUCGACGAGGGAGCGGCCAUUGCUGAGCAGCGAGGUGACAGCUGGGGUGGCCUCCUUGGAGCUGGAGGUGGUUCCAUGGGGACACGAGAGGCCAUCAGUGACCCACGAGAGGCCAUCGGUGACCCACGAGAGGCCACCAGUGAUGAGAACGGUGGCACGUGGGCCGCAGGUGACGGCCUCCUUGGAACUGGGGGUGGCUCCGUGGGGACAGGAGAGGCCACCGUUGACCCAGGAGAGGUCAUCGAGAAGAGAAAGGCCAUCGUCGACGCGAGAGGCGUCCCCUGCGUCCCCUUUGGCAUCAGAGGUGGCUUCGUGGGGACAGGAGAGGCCACCGUUGACCCAAGGGCCGUCCCCUUUGGCCCUGGAGAUGGCCCCGUGGAGACAGGAAAGGUCAUCGUGGAGCACAGAGGUGGCACCUGCGCCACAAGGGACGUCCCGAGGGACACCGGAAACGGCGCCCGGAGCUCCGGGGAUGUCCCCGUCGGAGCUGGAAGUGCCUCCGUGGGGACAAAGGAGGUCAUCCACAGGACAGAGAGUGGCCGUGACCGGAGAGGAGACACCGCGGGGACACGGGGCGUCCCCUUUGGCAUCAGAGGUGGCUUCGUGGGGCCAAGAGAGGCCAUCGUUGACCCAAGGGACACGAGGGACGUCCCCUUCGGCAUCAGAGGUGGCUUCGUGGGGCCAAGAGAGGCCAUCGUUGACCCAAGGGACACGAGGGACGUGUCCUUCGGCAUCAGAGGUGGCUUCGUGGGGCCAAGAGAGGCCAUCGUUGACCCAAGAGAGGCCAUCAUUGACCCAAGGGACACGAGGGACGUCCCCUUCGGCAUCAGAGGUGGCUUCGUGGGGCCAAGAGAGGCCAUCGUUGACCCAAGGGAGGUCAUGGUUGACCCAAGAGAGGCCCCCGUUGACCCAAGGGACACGAGGGACGUCCCCUUUGGCCCUGGAGAUGGCCUCGUGGGGCCAAGAGAGGCCACCCUUGACCAGAGAGGUGGCACCUGGGGGACAAGGGACGUCCCCGCUGGAACUGGAGAUGGCCCUGUGGGGACAGGAGAGGCCACUGUUGACCCAAGAGAGGUCUUCAAGGAGAGAGGUGGCACCCGGGGCUCAAGGGACGUCCCCUUUGGCAUCAGAGGUGGCCUCGUGGGGACAAGAGAGGCCACCGUUGACCCAAGGAAUGUCCCCUUUGGCAUCAGAGGUGGCCUCGUGGGGACAAGAGAGGUCAUCGUUGACCCAAGAGAGGUCAUUGUUGACCCGAGGGAUGUCCCCUUUGGCCCUGGAGAUGGACUCGUGGGGACAAGAGAGGCCACCGCUGACCAGCGAGGUGGCACCGGGGGGUCAAAGGUCCCCUUUAGAACUGGAGGUGACCUUGUGGGGCCAAGAGAGGCCACCGCUGACCCGAGGGACGUCCCCUUUGGCGUCAGAGGUGGCCUCGUGGGGACAAGAGAGGCCAUCGUUGACCAGAGGGGGACACGGGACGUCCCCUUUGGAACUGGAGGCGGCUUUAUGGGGACAAGAAAGGCCACUGCUGACAGAGGUGGCACCGGGGGGACACGGGACGUCCCCUUCGGCAUCAGAGGUGGCUUCGCGGGGACAACAGAGGCCAUCGUUGACCCAAGAGAGGCCACCGUUGACCCAAGGGACACGAGAAAUGUCCCCUUUGGCAUCAGAGGUGGCUUCGUGGGGCCACGAGAGGCCAUUGUCAACCCAAGAGAGGCCAUCGUUGACCCAAGAGACACGAGGGACGUCCCCUUUGGCAUCAGAGGUGGCUUCGUGGGGCCAAGAGAGGCCAUCAUUGACCCAAGGGACACGAGGGACGUCCCCUUUGGCAUCAGAGGUGGCUUCGUGGGGCCACGAGAGGCCACCACUGAGCAGAGCGGUGGCACCUGGGGCGCAAGGGACGUCCCCUUUGGAACUGGAAGUGGCCUCGUGGGGCCAAGAGAGGCCACCCUUGACCCAAGGGACGUCCCCCUCGUCCCCAAAGACGCCCCCACUGAUGGCGGAGGUGUCCCCGUCCCCUUUGGGAGCAGAGGUGACCCCGCGGGGACACGAGAAGCCACCAGUGACACCAGGAACGUCCCCUUUGGCCCCAGAGAUGUCCCCGUGGGGACAGGGGACGUCCAGAUGGACCCCAGAGGUGUCUCCACGGGGUCAGGAGGUGCCACGAGGGACGUCCCCACCGGCGCCAGAGGUGACCCCGAGGCAAAACGCACCACCGGGGACAUCUCCUCAGGCACACGGGAGGUCCCCUUUGGCCCCAGGGGGACACGGGACAUCCCCGGUGGCCCCCGAGAGGUCACCUCCUCAACCAGAGACGUCCUCCAACCCCCCAGAGGUGUCACCUGGGGGACACGGGACGUCCCCGGUGACCCCCGAGAGGUCACCUCCUCAGCCAGAGAUGUCCUCCAACCCCCCCGAGGUGACACGUGGGGGACACGAGAUGUCCCCGGUGGCCCCCGAGAUGUCCCCAUGGACUCGAAAGACAUCACCAACCCAAGAAACGGCAUCUGGGGGACACGGGAGGUCCCCGGUGGCCCCCGAGAUGUCCCCUUGGCCACCGGAGAUGCCACCUACCCCCUCGUGGACAGACGAGAAGGCCUCUGGAGCACCAGGACCGUCCCCACGGACACGAGGGACGUCCCCGAGGGAGGAGGGACCGCAGGGACCAGGGGUUCCCUCCGUGGCCACCAACGUCACCCAGGAGGUGGCCCCGGGGGACGGGGGGCUCGGCGGCCACCUCCUGGGCACCCCUUUGUCACCCGGGGCCACCGGGAGGGGCCAAGAGGCGGCCCCAAAGGGGUCUCCAGGGGGACACCAAGAGGUGUCUCCAAGCGAGGACCAAGGGACGUCCCCAAAGGGGUCCUCAGAGAGGUCCCCAAAGGGGUCGUCAGAGAGGUCCCCCUCGGGGCCUUCCAAGCUGUCCCCAAAGGGGUCCCCGGAGCCGUCCCCAAAGGGUUCCCCGGAGCCGUCCCCAAAGGGGUCCCCGGAGCCGUCCCCAUUGGGGUCUUCCGAGACGUCUCCGUGGAGCUGCUCCUCGGGGCGCUGCCCGGGUGGGGACCCGAAACCGUGUCCCAAGAGGUCCCCAAAGGCGUCUCCAGAGAAGGGCCUCAAAGGGUCCCCAAAGAGGCGCUGCGGGAAGUCCCCAACGGGGUCCCCAAAGAGGCGCCAAGAGACGUCGCCAAGGAAAGGCCAAGAGGUGGCCUCAAGGGGUUCCCCGAGGAAACACCAAGAGGGGUCCCCAAAGGGGUCCCCGAGGAGGUUCCAAGAGAUGUCACCAAGGAAAUGUCUGGAGGCGUCACCGAGGAGGUGCCAAGAGAUGGCGUCAAGGGCUUCUCCGAGGAGAUGCCAAGAGAUGUCCCCAAGGAAGCACCAAGAGAUGUCCUCAAAGGGUUCUCCAAGGAGAUGCCAAGAGAUGUCCCCAAGGGCUUCUCCAAGGAAGUACCAAGAGAUGUCGCCAAGGAAACACCAAGAGAUGUCCUCAAAGGGCUCUCCAAGGAAGCACCAAGAGAUGUCCCCAAGGGCUUCUCCAAGGAAGCACCAAGAGAUAUCUUCAAAGGGUUCUCCAAGGAAGCACCAAGAGAUGUCCCCAAGGGCUUCUCCAAGGAGGCACCAAGAAACGCCCUCAAAGGGUUCGCCGCGGCGAUGCCAAGAGAUGUCCCCAAGGAAACACCACGAGACGUCCCCAAAGGGUUCUCCGAAGAGGCCUCCGGAGCCUUCGCCUCCGGAGAUGCCCCCGCGGUCCCCGGGAGGGUCCCCGUCGCGUGUCCCGGUGGUGCCGUCCCCAAAGGCGGUGGCGGUGGGUGGUGGCGCCGCCGCCGAGGGGGUCGCGGUGCUGGUGGUGGAGGAGCAGCUUCAGGUGACUCUGCGCGAGGACGUCACCCGAAAGCUCCUGGAGCCGCGGGGACAGCGCGAGGGGCCGCGGGGGGACGGAAACGCCGGCGCAGGCGGCACCGACGGCAUCGCGGCGCCCACCACGGCCACCCAGGGGGCAACCACGGCGCCCACCACGGCCACCGAGGCGGCAACCACGGCCACCACGGCCACCGAGGCGGCAACCACGGCCACCACGGCCACCGAGGGGGCAACCACGGCCACCACGGCGCCCACCACAGCCACCACGGCCACCACAGCGCUGCCCAGCAGUGCCGACAUCCGAGCGAAGGCCUCGCGGCUGUCGCUGCCGCUGCCGCCUCUGGCGCUUCGCCCCCCGCCGCCCCCCCGGGGCCGUUGGGAGGGGAACGAGGAGGAGGACGAGGAGGAGGACGAGGAGGGGGGGGGCGAGGCCGAGGCCGAAGACGACGAGGAAGAGGAGGAAGAGGAGGAGGAGGAGGAAGCGGCGGCGCCGAUCGUGGUGACGCGCUGGGACGGGCGGGAGCUGCGGGGGCUCCUGAAGGCGCCGCGAGGAGCGCCGGAAGUGGAAGUGGCGCUGGGCCGGAAGCGCAAGGCGGUGUCGUUCUUCGAUGACGUCACCGUUUACCUCUUUGAUCAGGAGACGCCGACCAAUGAGCUGAGCGCGCACAGCGGGGGCGGGGCCGGAGCCGAGGAUUUGGCGGGAAACGGGGGGGUGUUUGUGUGGGGUGAGGAUCUCGACGCCCCCCCCGGGUCCCGCUUCACCGUCUCCCCCGCACUGGAGCCCCCCCGGGCCCCCCCCGAGCCCCAGCGCCCCACAGCCCGUGAGUUGGGGGGCAGAUAA